AGAGGAUGCUCUGGAACAGGAGGGAUUACAAACGGGAGUAUAGCGAGCCAUGAUUAACAUAUUACUUUCUCUCCUGAUGAUCUGGAUUGGUCGAACUUCCGCGGAUCUUCCAUCAACGUCAUGGAUACGUAAUUAUGACCAAUCGGGAAAGCUGUAUGAUAAUCCAAUGUUUGAAAUCACGGCUAGAGGACGUAUUCACUGUACGGUGAGGUGUUCUAUGGAAUCAUGCUGCCAGACAAUGACGUAUAACCCAAACACUAAUGGAUGUAGAGGAUACUGCAGAAAUACUACAAUCGAAGAAGAGUUAUCAUCUGACGCCGGAAGAGAGCUAUAUCUGCGAGGGGAUACAUCAGCUGAUCAUAUGUGCGGUUAUGACAAAAACACUAGCCUUUGCUAUUCACUGAAAACGGACGACCAGGACAAGCAUGGCGCAGCUGCCCAGUGUGAACGGGACAAUGGACACCUCUUUAGGGUGGAAUCAUUCGAGAGACUUUUGGCCGUGGAGGGUGUUCUUAGAGACUACUUUAACAAUAGCCUUGCCUACGUUUGGGUAGACGGAGAAGACUACAACAGCACUAACAACUACGUAAUGGCUAAUGGUAACUCAGUACCUCUAACGGACGCCUUCUGGAGCUCAGGUGAACCAAAUGGACUCGAAUAUGAGCAAUGCGUAGGUAUUCAUUAUGGGUACAAGUUAAACGAUUGGCCAUGUGUUAUACGACAUAAAUACCUGUGCGAGUACUGAAAAUAUCCAUGGUGUUGUCGGAAUAAACUGUUUUAAAACUCCUAAGACCAUUCAUAUAAUCAGAUUGCUACACUUUCUCCAUACGAACAAGCAGAGCCUAGUCACAGAACAAAGAUUUUAAAUUUCAAUGCUGUUACUUAAUAUUAAGACAGUCGUACAAGAAUUUAAGGAGCUCAUGCAUUUAUGGAUGGCUCGCGCUCCUGACCAGCUAUAAAACUUUCGGAACAAAAGCGUGAAAGGAUGGACUAUUUUUCUUUGAAAUGCGCGCCUUUACUAAAACCCGGUGUGCUUUACAUUCAAAAUUGUAAAUACGUAUGAUAGCUAUAGCGCCUCUUUAAGAACUGUUUUCAGGUUGUGUAAUUAAGGAGGGCUACCAGUUUGAGGCGUUCUGUGUCUCCUCAAUGUUAAACAAAGUUUGGAUGUCCAAGGUCAUAGAGUGAAAAAUAGAAUUGUCAUUGUUCAAACAAAUUAUAUAUUUUGUCUUAAAAAUGAUAUUUUUUGUGAUUUCUGAUAAGAAAAAAAUCAGCUUUCUAAAAUAACAGAUGGAAAAAUGUCACGAUUUGAAAAUAUAAGGUCACAGUGACCUAGUUUAGGAUUUGGUCUAUUUGGAUAUCAAACACUUUAAAAUAACCUACAGACAAUUAUAUUCAUCAACUACAUAAUAAUACUUAUCGCAAAGGACGAUUACAAAAAUUGUAAAUUGCUUUAAUUACUUUCGGUACUUUGGUUUGGUUUGUUGUUGCUUAACGUUCUAUUAACAGCCAAGGUCAUUUAAGGACGUGCCAGG